CAACAACAACAACAACACCAGCAGCAGCAGCAGCAGCAGCAGCAGCAACCGCACCAGAGCGUGAGGAAUCAGGAGCACAAGCCUUGGAAAAACUGCGAGACGAAUCAGACGACGAACGUAGCGACUAAGAUUGAAGUCGCAGCCGCAGCCGCUUGUAGGUUACGAAUACAAAAAGGACCAAAACCUUUGAAAAACAAGACAUUCUAUUUGGACAUUAAGAAUCAUGCCCACUCAGCAAAGUUAGAAGCCAAAAUUAAAGAACUUGGCGGAGGAAUAGAACUAUUUUUAGUGAAAAACGUAACGCUUGUGAUCACUGACAGGUCCGAUAAAUCGGCUCAGGGAACUGCUGGCGAUAAACGCAAAUGGGGCUACGCCAGUGGAGGGAGCGGGGGACCCCCCUCGCUGAGGAGUAUAGAGAUCCAAACUCCUACGCCAACACCUCCGACACCAUAUUGCAGUGUUGAAGGUCCUCUCUCGAAUUCGACUAAUCAACGGGGUCAAACUACCCAUAGAUCAAAAUCGCGAGUGGAUGCAAUGUUGGAGCGUGCUCUGAUACAGCCCCAGCAGUGUUCCGUGGAUCCACUUGAUAACGCCCUGAAUUGGGGUUUACCUAUUUGGUCGACAUACGAACUGCAAGCUUGGUUAGAUAAAAUUACUGCCUCUUUAAAAGAUACGCACACUUUGAAGCGCGAUAACCGUACUGUUCCUGGAAAGGACUUGAAAGUCAGGCACUUAAAAGCACCUUACAUUAAAUUUGAAUCUUAUCGAAGAGAUAGUAGGCCUGUCUUCCUGGAAUUGCAAUCGUGGCCUACUCUCAAUUUUGAUGGUGAACCAGGCUCUUGUCCAUUUGAUUUAAAGCGCAAGGAAAGUAAGGAAACUACAUCCAAUAAUAAGGAGAUUAAAGAAAAUAGAGAAAAAUACUUUAUUCCUAAUAUAUCAAAGGGCAAAGACAUGACUCGUAGGCCUCGUGCCACAGCAACACGCGCUCGCAAGACAGAAAACACUGGGUAUUGUGAAAUCUGUCGUAUUGAUUAUCGAAAUUUAUCCAAACAUCUACAGAGUGAUCAGCAUCUAAAUUUUGUAAGGAACGACAAAAACUUUUUAUCUUUGGAUAAUUUAAUCAAUACUGGCGCAAGCGUUGAAGCUUUUCUAGAAAUUAAUAGGUCCAAAGAUGUCAGUAAAGAUUGCAAUCUGUUUCCCAGUCGAGAUCACAGUCUUGACAAUGGCAUACUAUCAUUGGAUGAAAAGUCGGAAAAAAGGGACAAGUCCUCCAACUUGAAUGAUUUCAACAUCGAAGAAAUGAAGAUGAUUCAGUGUAAUGGUGCGCGUAGGAAUUUAAAUUUGAAAUUAGACUCGCCUCACAAUUUAAGAACUAGAGCAAAGCAUGAAAGUGGCCAUUUACUCAGGUCUAAAGGAAGGCCAUGGCAUGAAGAUGAUAAGAGUGAAAAAUUAUAUGAUAAGUAUACAAUUAAAAAGCGGGCGAAAGGAACCAUUUGGAUAGAAGAGGAUGACUCGGAGGAUGAUAAGGAUGUGGAAAAUUCAAGAGAUGGUUGUGAUGGAAAAUCAUUGUUUCAAAGAAUUUGUGAGCCUGAAAUAAAUAAGAAUGCAACUAAUAGGGAGAGUUUGUCAGAAAAUGUGUCAGUGAACGGUGAUAUUGCUUCAAGUGUUGUCGAUUGUAAACUUAAAGAGCACAGUUUGAGCAAAAUUACUAAUAGGGACAAUACAUUUAGAGACUCUUUGUUAGAAGAGAAUUUUAAAACCAAGAUCAAUGGUUAUGAUAGGAAGGAAGAAAAACUUAAGUUAAGCGAGAUUUUACAUAGUGCUGAAAGUCAAGAACUGAAAGAAGUGAAUCAUGUGGAAUUUAAUGUGGACUCUUUAAGUCGAAAUACUGUGGAUAAUAAUACAUGUAGCGAUAGAUUACCUACCCAUGAUAUCGAGGAUAUAAAUUCGCUUAAGAGUUUGAGCAAAGACGAUCGCGGAAGGUAUAAGCUGGCUAGGCGGGGGGGAAGGAGUUACAGGGGACGGCAGAGAUUAUCGGUCGAAGAGAGAUUGAUAGAGGACAAUAGAGAUUAUUAUAAAGUGGAAGUUUUGGGUAACAAGUUAAGGUCCAGUGCAAUUUCAAAUAGUAAUGUUUUUGUAUCCCCAUUGAAGGAACAACUAGACAGAGCUAAGAAAGAUGAAAAACCUUCGAGUGAAAAGCCUGUCGUAGUACGCUUUAAACGUGUGAGAAAGUCGGAACUUUCUUUGCUUAGUGACGAAGCGGAAUCGUUCAUGUUUGGAGAUUCGCGACGCGACGACGAUUCCAGUGAAACUAGUGACGGCGAACAAAGUAGUGUUUUACCAAAGGACACAGAAAGCGACAGAGACGAUACUUCUUUUGUCUUGAGUUCUUCCCCAACUGCCCAUAUAACUCCAAAGCAGGAAGUUAUCGAAGACGAUCAGCAAGAUUCAUCACUGGCUGGACGGGCAAGAAAAAGAAGAAGAACCCAAACCGAAGCUCUCAUUAUGGAUAAUAACGAUUAUUAUAAAUUUGAGACUCCUGGCAGUAGAUUAAGAUAUCAAGCUCCUUUGACUGGUAUUUGUGAUCCAGUACCAGAUAAAGAUGCAGCUCAACCACUAGAUCCAAAUACAACUGAAGUUGUUGAAAAAAUUUAUCCGUCCAAACCUUCACCAGAAGUUGAAAAAAUGCAUUUCUCCUUUGAAGCUGUACCUAAAUCGGAGCCAUGGUAUCAAACGUACCAACGACAAGACGAAGGUGCAGAGUUCUGGCAUUACUUUAGUGAAAGUGAUACGCCCAAGCCAUUCCUUUUACCCUAUGAAAUUGAAAAUUUUCAUGAAAUCCUGCACAAGAGUCUUCAGAGUAGCGUGUACCGAAAACGCGGCCGAAGCAGGGGAGGCCACGUGAAUAUGGGUAGCCGCUCGCCGAGAAAAAGUCCGCGGUGUCACGCGUCGACAUUAGCGAUAAUGUCGACGAUAAUUAGGAGGAGGGAGCAACAGCAAACGACCACCUUGACUACCGUAGACGAGGAGGUUAAAGUCAAGCAGCAGCCGAGCGAAACUGUCAAACUUGAGAAGAAACUCUCAGAUAAGUCGGACGUGGACGAGGACUUGAAGGAAAUUGUAAAGAAUCUCGACGAUAUGCUGAGUAGUAACGACAUGCACGACAUGGAUUCGUUCGAAGUCGAUCUCUUAAAGAAUGUUGACGAUGCCGCAUUGGAGUCGGACGUUCUACCGAAAGGAGCUCCUGUCAAUCUGUUGGAAUUGCUUGAUAACUGCCACGAUACUGUACCACCAAAUGGUAUAGAGAAUUCGUCUUGCGCCAGUUCGGAAUGCGGCGAGCUUUACAACGAGUUCCCAAUGAAGAGGCGUAAGAAGAGGAAAAAUAAGACUGGUUGGCCGGGUAACAAAAUGAGGCGAAAGCUGCACAUUAAACACCUGAGCGAAGAGUUGCAAAGGGAGCUCGAUCGCGAGAGGAGCAUGGAGAGGAACGAAAUGAAGCUCUCGAGUCUGGAGUUCUUCGAAGAUAGUUCCUCGCAGGUGUCGCACGAGGACGAGGCCAAUGAUAUCGAGCUAGAAACGGGAAAAGAAAACGAGCGUGUUCUCAAUACGUAUGAGCGUAGAGGGAGUAGCAAGCCUAGGCGGCCAAAGGCUAGAAUGGGUAAUAAAGAGUACAGGAGGGAUCAUUCGCAGGAGAGCAGCGAGAUUAGAAAUUCGGACGAUAUGCCGAGCAAAAUGGUGUUAAAGUCCGUGUUCGGGGAUGAUAUUUCUCCACGGAAAAACCGGUCUGGGAGUGCCGACAAAUACAAAGUUGAUGACGAUGACGUCGAGACCCGCAUUAUAAAAGACUCGAGGCAUUUAGAGGGUAAAGGAACGUUGUCGAGCAUUAGCGAAGACUCCGAGGCGUCCCUGUCGAAUAACGAAAAUCUUUGUACAAAGGAUACGAAUUCGUUGAUGCCGCGCGACAAGCACCUGCCCUUGAGAUACACGCGAAAGAGCACGACCUCCUCGGAGGCAUCGCACCAUCAUUCGGAGGCGGAAAAUCGGCGGCACGGUGGCAUCGGCUCGGCCACGAAGAAACAGCAAAAGGACGUGGGCGCAACUCGAAAUCUUCCGAUAAACGUGGACAAGAGGAGCCGACGAAAAUCGAAGAAAUACCAGCGUAACGAUCGCACACCCUCCAAGGCCAUAUUCGAUAACGAGAAUUGCAAAAAGUCAUCUUUUUUAUCCUUAAAAGAGAGGAGGUUGAAGAGGGUGAGAAGGGAGGUGAGUGUGUCGUCGGAAUUACCGAAUGGCGAGUUGGAUUGCGCGCUCGCGGAGCGCGUGUCACCAUCGCUCGUCUCGUCCUCGGACGUUGACCAGAGGCGCUCGAGUAUCGACUUUCAGCCCGUCGUCAGGGUGAUGAAAAUCGAGGACCAGGUGGAUAUGGACAAUAGUAUACUCUCGGUGGCUGUAGCCAGCAAUCGCAGGCUCAGAAGUUCGAGCUCGCCGCGAUCGAAUAUGCAGCCGCCGAACAAACGCUUCAGGAACGGUUCUGGGAGACGGCAAUUCUCGAGCCAGUGGAUAAAGAACAGUUGAAAUUCAAGGCGAUCUAGCGUCUAACUAUAUUUUUUUUCUGUAUUUUGGAGAUAAUGUCAAAUGUUGAUGAGCUAGCUUCCGACUGUCAAUUUUUCUAGAGAGAUAAACGGUCUUCGCUCGUGUACAUUGUGUACAAAUGGUAUUUGUGUAUGUCUAGUAUUUAAACAUUGAAGGCACUUAGGAAUUUAUUAAUUAUAUCAUUGUAUUAAUUAAUUAUUAUAAUUUUUAUUUUUUAUUUAAGCUUCGUUUGCAGCAUGCCUGCUACCUACGGUAUUGUACAUUCUUAAAGCGCGUUUUUCGCAACCUAUCAUUACUAUUAUUACUAUUAUUAUUAUUAUUAUCAUUAUCAUC